GCUGGACACAAGCAGGGCGAUAUAUACCACAAGGCGCGAGGCGGAAGGGUCGCGAGUUGUGCGCGGUUGCUGCUGAGGUCAAGCUCUUCUCAGAAUGGAAAUGGACGGGUACCAGUCUGAAUCCGAAAUCGAUUCUGAUGAAGAGCUUCAGGAAGCCUUCAGAGCUGGAAAGCUGCAGCCUGGUCUGAACAUUGUGAAGGAAAGACCUGUCAAAACGUUUGCUAAUAAUGAGAAAGCGAUGCUGGCCAAGCUGGAGCAGUUCCGACUGCAGCUGCCCUGGCUGGAGCGGCUGGACAGCGUGAACGCGCCGGCCCCGCUGGCGCCCGAGCUGAAGCGUGACCAGCAGCAAAUUGCAUCUCAAGAUACGGAUGGCGCGUUGGCAGAGGACGACUUCAAGAGGGAAAUGAUGUUUUACCGGCAGGCUCAGGCGGCCGUGCUGGAGGGCCUGCCGCGCCUGCAGGCGCUUGGCGUGCCUACCCGGCGGCCGGACGACUUCCUCGCCCAGAUGGUCAAGUCGGACGAGCAGAUGGACAAGGUGCGUAAGUUCCUGAUCCAUCAGAAGACGAAGAAGGAGAUGUCGGAGAAGGCGCGCAAGCUACGGGAGCUGAAGAAGAUGGGCAAGAAAACGCAGGUGGAGGCGCAGCAGCGCAAGGCCAAGGAGAAGCGCGACAUGCUGGAGCAGGUCAAGAGGUUCAGGAAGGGCACUGACAAGAGCCUCGACUUUUUGGACGGCCCGGCCGACGACGACGGCAGGGGAAAGCAGCGCAAGGGCAAGGCCGGCCCGAACAAACGCCAACUGUCAAAGAAGCGCGAGGAGAAGAACGCUCGCUUCGGCCACGGCGGCCGGAAGCGCGGCCAGAAGCGCAACACGGCCGAGAGCGCCUCCGACACCGCCUGGGUCAAGGGCAAGGCCCGCGGCGGCAAGAAAUUCGUGACCAGGACCCACGGCAAGGGCGGCCCCAACAAGCGGCCUGGCAAACAGGCCAGGCAGAACAUGAAGUCGCGCACUAAGAGCAGAGGGAAAUGACGGCACGCUGUGUAAUGUUUCUCUUGUGAUGUCAUUUGUAAUACACGUGUACGCUGUAG